AAUCUCUAACCAAUUAAAUAAAAAGUCACAGAUCCCUAAUCAUUACCGUCGAUAACUUUCCAAUCCAACGGCAUACAUUCUCCUCUCCCAUGCUAGCUACGAAAAACACAACCUCACGAGCCUCCUUAUUUAAACUCCCUCCAUAUCCCCCACCUUUUCAAGCAGCCAAACGCGAAAAAAUAUAGAGGUCUGGAUUUUUCAUUGUAUCUUAGAACUCUUUGAUCUGAAAAUGUCGGGCCGUGGAAAGGGAGGCAAGGGAUUGGGGAAGGGAGGAGCCAAGAGGCAUAGGAAGGUGCUUCGAGAUAACAUUCAGGGCAUUACCAAGCCGGCGAUUCGAAGGUUGGCUCGUAGAGGUGGCGUUAAGAGAAUCAGUGGCUUGAUCUACGAGGAGACACGCGGCGUCCUCAAGAUCUUUCUGGAAAAUGUGAUACGUGACGCAGUUACCUAUACGGAGCACGCUAGGCGUAAGACUGUUACGGCCAUGGAUGUUGUCUACGCUCUCAAGAGGCAGGGCAGGACACUUUAUGGUUUCGGUGGUUAAUUGUUUAUUUUAUAAGGGUUUGAUAGGUUGGGUUUGUGAAUCAUUUGCAAUAGUUUGUUGUAGGUUUUUGUUUGGCUAUUUGUAGUUUAAUGUUUUGUAGGUUUUAUUUUUUAGUUUCUACUGUUCGAAGGUAUUUUGAUUUCAGUCUUCAGUGAAAUUUGUCUCAGAAUUUCAUGAGGGCAUCUAAUUGGGUUGUUAGUUUUUAGCUUUUGUAUAUUCGAUUUUCAGUUUUGAUUUCCUAGGUUUCCUUCCAAAUUACUGUGUAAUCGCUGUUUUGCCAUUUUGGUUCUGUCAGAAUCCGCUAAAUCUGUUUAAUCGUGAAUUAAUGUGGCUAAUAAAUCCAAAAAGCAGCCAAUUAUUGGCAUUAGAAGGAUUGAACAACCAACCAAGUCGGAGCGUUGUGCCAUUGUGUUUCUGUUAGAAGCGGCUAAACCAAUCAUACUCCUGAUAGUGGGGAUUGAUGGUCAAUCGGGGUUUUAGCUGACAUGACGGACCUCGUCUAGCUUUACAAUUUGGUGGUUUUUGAUCUCGGGUCUUCGAAGCACUCCCAACACAUUCAGUGUGAACAAGGCAAAAAAUCAGUACUGCUUGGGAAAGGUCUCUUUAACCGAUCGUUCGCGUUAGAAUUCUCUAUUUUGUUGUUAUGAAGGUAGCAACUAGGCAAAACGUUCAUAGCUUGCAAACUGUAUCUGCUGCCCCGGAAAGGUCAAUGUUAAAAACAUGUAAUGGUAAGAUAUUUUUGAGGAAAAUUGGACAUUCUAGAAUGGGAAUUAUUGGCUAGUGCUCUGGAUCAAAGGAGGUAAUAAAAUUGACUAAUGUUAUGAUGUUGUGCUAAGGUGAGGUGUGAAGAACUUGGUGAACCCUUCGUGCAGUUUGCAUAGCUUGUAAGGUAUUUUUCUAAAUGAGCAUAAAGUACCACAACUGGUACCUUUUCCGCCAGUCCGCUACGCGGCCAGGAUCACUAGAUUAUCCCCCAGACAUACCAGCUCUUCUAUGGCCACCGUUACAUUUGAUCAUAUAGAAUGUUAUUCGUUGAAAUAAACAAAACUGAAUAAAGAAUUUAAGUAAAAGAGGAGAAACCUAUAUGUAAACAAAUCAUGUCAGUCAGCAUUAUGCCCAUGGUUUUAGAAUUUUAAUCAAUAAUCAGUAUAAUAUUUCACAUAAUUGACAAAAGAGAAUACACCUCCAAAUGAGCAUCGCGCAGCUACCCCUCCCUCGCUCUAUCCUAACCUUCUAGCUCUGGGUGACUAUAAAUAACAGAGCAGAACAGAAAAGACCUGCGGCAGUGGCUGCUUUGCUGGAGAGUCCUUUAAGUCAGAUACAGGUUUGAGUCAACUGAUGCAUCUACAGUUGCACAGCCAGUCUAUGGUGUUUAAGCUGUUGGAACUUGGGGUUCAACUUCAGGCCCCCUGGAGAGCUAACUGGCAAGAAGCAAGAAUAUUCCCAGCUAAUCAGUGAGUAGUGGUUAAAGAGAGCGCGGAGUGGGCAAUAGGAAAAGUUUCACCUUAUUCAAGAAUCAUUCUCCUAGUCAAUUCGUUAGCUAAUUCAUCCUAGCCUUAAGCUUGCUUCUCUUAUGUCUUAUGAUAGAGAUAGUGACUUUGAAAGAGCGGCUUCGUGAAUCAAUUACUGCGAAUUCUUUCAUUCAAUUGCAGCGGGCAUUUCUCGAAGGCGGCAAUGGUUA